AUGGUUGCCGAUGACUUGAAAGAUCAGCUUUUCAAGAAACUACACCAAGCUGUCUGUUACGGUCUUCAACUUGAUGAGAAGACAGAUGAGUCGAAAACCACUGCGCAAGCAAUUUUUGACAAGCUGACUGAGUUCUUGGAUGAAGGGGAUGUGCAAUUGGAUAAAUGUAAGGCUAUGACCACAGACGGAGCAGCGGCAAUGACUGGACGAGUGAACGGGCUUGUCCAAAAAACCCAAGCUGUGUCGCCAACUUGCGUCGCCACACACUGCAUGAUUCACAGAGAAGCCUUGGCUGCAAAGCCGAUAGGAUCGGACAAGACCGAGAAGAAUGAACUUGAAUUGAUACUGGAGGACGUUGUGAAGAUCGUGAAUGCAGUGAAAGCCAACACGAAGAAGCAUCGGAUGUUCAGUAAACUUUGCAAGGACAUGGAUGCCGAAUUCUCGAAACUGCCCUACCACAGAAAUGGCGGCGACGUGUUUAUUACGAUUUCCAAGGUACAAGGCUUCGAAAAGAAGAUCGAACAGUGGAAACGGAGGGCUGAGAAUGCUAAUUUUUCGGAUUUUCAUGAGGUACAGACUUUUAUGCGAGGAUCCAACUGGUGGGUGAUGGAGAACGAAGAGAAGUCGUUGCAACAAGUUGUGACUAGAUUGGUGGUCGACCACCUCACACUGCUUCAAUCGAAUUUCAACAAAUACUUUCCCGAAGAAGAGAAGUAG